UUUCAUCCACUAAUAAAAUCGUACUUCUUUACAUUUUAUGGUCUUUAACCUUAGAGGUGAAGUCUACUCAAAGGAUCAAACCAGAGAAAGUGAGAGAAGCGUAGUUUCCUCGGUGAAACAAACUAAUGAGUUUUCCAACGGGGAAGGCAGAUAACUCUACCCAAAAUGAAACAAGUUCAGUUAUUCAAGAUGAUCAGAUCAGGCGAGCUUAACUAAAAGUGCAAUUUGACAGUACAAGAAAGGGUGAUCUUGAAACCGUUGAGUCCUAUAUAAAAAAACUGAAAUCCAUAGCCAUUUCUCUGGCAGAAAUCAACAGUCCUGUCUCAGAUUCAGACAUGGUGUUGCAACUUCUUACUGGCUUGCCUAGUGAAUACUCGCCCGUCAAAAAGAUAAGCCCUCUCCCAAAUUUUGAAAAGGCUUGUCUCUUGGUGUCCAUGCAGGAACGCGUAUUGAAGUUGCAGGAUCGUCAUGAGGAGCAAAAUAGAAGUGAUCCUCGUGUUGUUGUUGGUGAAGAGGAGUCGUCUGCUUUUAUUACCCUAGAGAAGGUGGCUACUAUAGUGGGUAUAGCGAGUACUAUAAUGGGUGCAGCGGCUACAUUCACUACUGUAGCUGGUGCAGUGAGUGCAUCAAGGAUGAUUGCAGUUGGUGCAGUUAGUACAGUGGCUGCGGUGACUGGCUGGAAAAUUUGGCAGACGCAAAAAAAAAGUGAUUAAUGAUAUGAAUGGAGCUCUAGUCUUAUUGUCAACAACCCUUGUUUCCUUUUUGUGUUUGUUGUUUAAGUAAAUGGAUCUAACUAAUCUUCAUCUUCAAAAGCUUGAAUUGCUACUUCUAUUUAAAGUUUGUCUUUGAGAUGUAUGAUGUGCAACAUGAUGUGCAGUUGAAGUUCUAUUAUAAUAUUUUUGUUUUCCUUUUA